CAAAAAGCAGUGUUACGUGCUUUUUGCUAACGAUCACAAACCUGAAAUUGUGGACUUUUUUUUUUUUUUAAAUAAAUCGAUUUAUUAUCAUAAUUUUUUAGAAACUUUUACGAGGGAAAAUGGCGUCCACAGCAGCAGGAAAACAGAGAAUACCGAAAGUGGCGAAGGUGAAAAACAAAGCUCCGGCUGAAGUUCAGAUCACUGCAGAACAGCUGCUCAGAGAAGCCAAAGAGAGGGAGCUUGAACUUUUGCCACCUCCACCUAAACAGAAGAUCACAGACAAGGAAGAGCUCAAUGAUUACAAACUCAGGAAGAGGAAGGGCUUUGAGGACAAUAUCAGGAAGAAUCGCACUGUCAUCAGCAACUGGAUUAAAUACGCACAAUGGGAGGAAAGCCUGAAGGAGAUUCAGAGGGCUCGUUCCAUUUACGAGCGAGCGUUAGAUGUUGACCACCGCAACGUCACCCUGUGGCUCAAAUAUGCAGAAAUGGAGAUGAAAAAUCGGCAGGUGAACCACGCCCGCAAUAUAUGGGACAGAGCCAUCACCAUCCUGCCACGAGUCAACCAGUUCUGGUACAAGUACACGUACAUGGAAGAGAUGUUGGGGAACAGCGCCGGCUGCAGGCAGGUGUUUGAACGUUGGAUGGAGUGGGAGCCCGACGAACAGGCCUGGCACUCUUACAUCAACUUUGAGCUCCGCUACAAGGAAGUUGAAAAAGCUCGCGCCAUUUAUGAGCGAUUUGUUAUGGUUCACCCAGAAGUGAAAAACUGGAUUAAGUAUGCUCGUUUUGAGGACAAGCAUGGUUACAUCGCCCACAGCCGGAAAGUUUACGAGAGGGCGGUGGAAUUCUUUGGACAGGAUCACCUGGACGAAAACCUGUUUGUGGCUUUUGCCCGAUUUGAGGAAAUGCAGAAAGAAUUUGAGCGAGUUCGAGUAAUUUACAAGUAUGCCUUGGACAGAAUUCCCAAACAACAAGCACAAGAGCUCUUCAAAAACUACACAGUGUUUGAGAAGAAGUUUGGAGACAGGAAGGGUAUUGAGGACGUCAUCGUCAGCAAGAGACGCUUCCAGUAUGAAGAGGAAGUCAAGGCAAACCCACACAACUACGACGCGUGGUUCGAUUACCUGCGUCUGGUGGAGAGUGACGCUGAUAUCGAAGCGGUGAGAGAAGUUUACGAGCGGGCCAUCGCCAACCUUCCUCCUGUGGAGGAGAAGAGACACUGGAGACGCUACAUCUACCUGUGGAUCAACUACGCCCUCUUUGAAGAGAUGGAAGCCAAGGACUUUGAAAGAACACGGCAAGUUUAUCAAGUCUGUUUAAAGGUCAUCCCUCACAAAAAGUUCACGUUUGCUAAAAUAUGGCUGCUCUAUGCCAAGUUUGAAAUCAGACAGAAAAACCUGCAGGGAGCCAGAAAAAUUUUGGGUACUGCCAUAGGUAAAUGUCCGAAGAAUAAACUGUUUAAGGGCUAUGUGGAGCUGGAACUGCAGCUCCGCGAGUUCGACCAUUGCAGAAAGCUGUAUGAGAAGUACCUGCAGUUCGACCCGGAAAACUGCACCACAUGGAUGAAGUUUGCAGAGCUGGAGACGAUCCUGGGAGACAUCGACAGAGGACGCGCCAUCUUUGAACUCGCCAUCGGACAGCCACGACUAGACAUGCCCGAGGUUCUGUGGAAGUCCUUCAUUGACUUUGAGAUCGAACAGGAAGAGUUUGAAAACACCAGGAACCUCUACAAAAGGCUGCUACAGCGCACCCAGCAUGUCAAGGUUUGGAUCAGCUAUGCAAAAUUUGAGCUGUCCAUCGACAGCCCUGACCGGUUGCGGAAGUGCCAGCAGAUCUACGAGGAGGCCAACAGGAGUCUGAGGGGCUGCGAGGAGAAGGAGGACCGGCUGAAGCUGCUUGAGUCCUGGAGAGACUUUGAGAGGGAGUUCGGCUCAGACGAGUCCAGGGAGAGAGUCCGGAAAUUGCUGCCGGAGAAGGUGAAGAAGAGGAGGAAGCUUACAGCUGAAGAUGGGUCAGACGCAGGCUGGGAGGAAUACUACGAUUACAUCUUCCCAGAGGACGCUGCCAACCAGCCCAACCUCAAACUACUCGCUAUGGCCAGGAUGUGGAAGAAGAAGGAGGAAAAUGAGCGCCAGGAAGAAGAAUCCACUGUUCAAGAAAAAGAGCCAGCAACUUCUUCUGACAAACUUGUAGCUCUGAAAAGUAAUAAUGUGACUGAAGCCGAGGUGCCACAAUACAACGACCGUGAUGAUGAUGACAGCAGCAGCAGCAGCGAUGAAGAAGAGCAGCCAAAGUCGAAACAGUCCAAGAGCAGUGAUGACGAUAAAAACUAAGUUUGUUUUGUAAGUCCAGGGAUUAAAAUGUAAAGUUUUCUCACACAAAUGUUAAUUUUGUAUUACAUAUUAAAAAACAAAGUUA